CUCUGUCAACAUUUCCGAUCACUGCAUAUUUUCUUCGACUUAAACAUCAGCCUAAGUUUGUUGCGAAUAAGUAGGAGUCAUUCGACAUGUAUUGCAGCAGUAGAUGUGAUAGAUUACAGUCCUAGGUCUCCUUGCUCAUAUGAAGAAUUAAGAUCUAAAUGCAGACAGGCGCUGUAUUGAUUUCCUUCCUUAUUUCUUUGAAGGAAAAACGGAACUUCAUUAUUUAUCUAACAAAGGACACAAUCUGCCCCAGAGUGUUUGUGGUGGCAGAAAUACAUGGUAGCCUCUCUUAAGGACAUGAUUACACAGUACCCUACACCGAUGUGUGGUCUUUUGAUUCCUUUCCUUCUCAUCCUGAUCCAAGUGUCAUCCUGCACCGUUACAGUCACUGGCUACAUUGGGCAGGAUGUCACUCUGCCCUGCAGCUACGACGUCCAAGCUAACGGAGUCGUCAAUUUCUGCUGGGGACACGGGCAGGUGCCCCGGUCCAAAUGUAGCAACACGGUCCUCUCGUCGGAUAAUGGGGAUGUGACUUUCAGAGAGUCCCCCAGGUACCAGCUGCUGAGCCAGGUCAUGCAGGGCGACGUUUCCUUGACCAUUGUUAAAGCUCAGAAAACAGAUUCUGGGGUCUACGGCUGCAGGGUGGAGAUUCCUGGCUGGUUCAACGACCAAAAGAUCAACGUACACCUGAUUAUGGAAGAAGCUCCUAUGGAAGAACUUGACGUCCAAAGCACAACAGAGACUGUCACUGUGACAGUAAGCAAAGGCUCAAAAAUACCAAAAAUUCAGAGUGCAACAAGUCAGGUUAAUUUUUCACUGCAUGAAAAUUUCAAAGCCCUCUUAGAAGCAGAGAACAUUGGGAGGAUUGCAGCUAUUUUCUUCCUCACCAUAAUCCUAAUCCUCAUCCUCAUCAUCAGGAGGAAGGUCCUCAUGGGGAGGACGACACCUCAGAGGCUCAACGCCAAGACAGCUGAAAAUAUUUACGAGACCAUCCCUAUGACUAAAUGAUCGCCAGGAAACAGAUACAACAGGUUUCUACUAACCUUAAAGCAUGUUUAAUUUAUCAAUUUAUCAGCUACAGUAAAUUAAAUGAAAAACGUUUCUCAGUAGUAAACAGUAAUCUCAUUAAAAUAGCGUACGAUGUCUAACCAGUGAUUCCCAGAUAAAUGUUGAUCCCUAAAGUUAAUUAAUCUGCUUGAAUUUAUUUGUGACUGACGUGAAAAGAUUGUGAUGGCUUACAGUUGUGGGCACAGUGCCACCUACUGGACAAACCGCAUAAUGUUAUAAACAAUGAAAUGACGGGACAAGUGAUGCGCUUUUACUUCGUCUCGUCCUUGUUUCUUCUUUGUUUACGUAUUAAAACAAUGACUUCUUGAAUUAUAUCAGUGGGACUGCGUGUUAAUUUUUUUUGAAUAAACAAUGGCGUAACUCGAAUUAACUGCACAUAGCAAAAUGUAAUAAUUGAAAUAUUUAUUUAGUAUGUGUGGUUCAAAGACUGUAAAUUAUCAGGAAACUUAUUUUGUCUGUGGACUUUUGAUUAGUGGCUUGGUUUUUAACCUUUGCUGUAUUUUUGCUUUAGAGGAAUAGAAAUGAUGUUUCAUCGCAUGGCUCUCCGUGAGAAAACAGGAUUCAGAAACGGCGUUGGAGUAAGCACACAUUUGUAAAAGAGGAAGCUGUUGCUGGCUGCUGAAUAGUUUUGUCCACAUUCUAAGAAGUCCUUGGCUCAUUAUGUGGCCACGCUGUGUUUUUAACACUGUUUGUAAUUAACAGUAACAACUUGUUAAAUUGAAUAAAGUUUUGUCUUUGUAAACUUGGA